AUGGUGAUUGAAUUGUUUUUCCAUUUCUAUUGGAUCUCUGGUCAUUUUGCCGAAUCAUAUUGGAAACAAUUUUUUUUUUAAGAAAAGAAAAACUUUCAAAAAUGACGAUCAUAGCAAAAACAUCGUUCAAUUUUAUUCUUAUUUUAACCAUAUUUCAUUCAAUUAUUCAAUCAAUCAUUUUUGUCUAUAAAGCAUCAGUAUUUGUUUAUCGUCAAACAUUAUUUUGGUUAGAAAUUUCGUUAUUCAUUUCAAUCGUAAUAACUGAAUUUAAUCUAUUAUCAUUAUAUCGACAAUCAUCAAUACUGCCAUUGAUUUUAUAUUGUCUAAAUUUAAUAUUAAAUAUUUUAUAUUCAUUACUAUGGCAACAAUAUCUACUUUUGUUUGAAUAUAUUCUAUUAAUUAUUGUUUCAACGUUGAAAUUCUUAUUAUUUUCGGCGCUGAUAUUUUUAUAAGUAAAUUUUUUGUAAUGAGAUUCACGGGCGAAAAGAUGUUUCAAACACACACAAUUAAUUAUAGACCGCAAGGAUUUUUCAAAAUAAUUUUUACUGAAAAUUACAACGAU